AUGCGAUAUGUUCUUGGUUCGAAUCCUUGUCGAGCAUACAGGAGAAGCAGAAAAAUGCGGCUCAAUAGUCGCAUGAAGCCGAAACCUCUAUUGUUAGCGAACUGGUGAUUUUCAGACUGAGACUGAGUCCACCGGGGUUUGACUAGAGCUGUAUUGUUGAACAACCAAGAAGGCCGGGACUCAGGCGUGUGCAGACUCACGCAACUUCUUUGAGUCAGGUAUCAGAAGAACUCGAGUAGCAGGCACAGAUUGCGUGGCAAGUUUAGCCGAGGCAAAGACCGCUGCUGGGAGAGCGUGUCAAGAAAAGGAACUGGAGCGAACGAGGGAGGAGAGAGAGCGUUAGAAAGAAGGAACAGGAAUCGGGAGCAAGUUGGUGGGGAGAGUAAAAUACAGAAAAAUGAAAAACCCUUGAAAGGCAUGUGAAAGGAUGAGGAGGCGUUCCCUUCUUUACAGACUGUCUCUGUAUGCCGCCUCUGGGAGGUAGAAUCUGAGCCCCCACCAGCAAGGCCUUCUCUUCCUUUCCGUCCCCUUCGACAAAAAAAUAACACAAAGCCAAUAAAGAGGACGCCAGGGCCUCCCCACCAGCCACCUUUUCCUGUCAUUUAACUCCGCAGCCGGAAAAGGAAAAGACAUUCUCUUUCUUUCUUUUCCUCUCAUUCUCACGCAUUUUCGUCCCAUGAAAUGAAACCUAAUAAUCUGCUUCUCUUUACUCCUUUAGCCUUUUCCUGCCCUUUACCCUUCCUUACUCACAGCUUCUGCUCUGAUGCAUUGUAGGCUUCCCAGUUCCACGGCCUAAUGCCCACUACCCACAAAAGGCCUUUGUGUGCUUAAUGCAUUUGGGAUGAUGAAUCCCUUGUUUGUCUUUGUGCUGCUCCUGCUCUCCUUUUUGAUUGAAGGCAACAGUUCCAGUGAUGUGGAUUGCUUGUUGGAGUUCAAAAAGGGGAUUCACAAGGAUCCCAUGGAUCAUGUGAUGAGCAGCUGGGUAAGAGAUGCCUUGGACUCAGAUGGGUGUCCCCAGAACUGGCAUGGAAUUGAGUGCAGCAAUGGUCUCGUCACUGCCAUUAAGCUCGCUGGCCUUGGGCUUGUUGGGGACCUCAAGUUCUUCACGCUCUAUGGGCUCAAGAGCCUCAAGGAGCUCAAUCUCUCUAAUAACUCGCUCACUGGGAGGCUUGUUCCUGCACUGGGGUCGAUGUACUCUUUGCAGUCGUUGGAUCUGUCAGGCAACUCGUUUUACGGCCCGAUUCCGGGCCGCCUGACCGGAUUGUGGGGGCUGACCUAUUUGAAUCUCUCUUCGAACAACUUCACCGGCAGUCUGCCUGAUGGGAUGGAGAAUCUUCAGCAGCUAAAGGUGGUUGAUCUACAUUCGAAUAGCCUUUUUGGCGACGUCGGGGAUCUGUUAGUCCGUUUCCGGAAUGCCGAGCACAUUGAUCUUAGCUUGAACAUGUUUUCCGGCGGGUUGGCGAUAGAUGCGCAGAACAUCUCGAGCAUGGCGGGCUCGGUUCGACAUUUGAAUUUAAGUCAUAAUGUAUUGGAUGGACAGUUCUUCUCGAAUGACGCGGCACAGAUGUUCACUAGAUUGGAGAUUUUGGAUGCUCGUGGCAAUCAGCUAACGGGGACGGUUCCCAGUUUUGGUUCACUGGCUUCGCUUCGUAUUUUGAGGCUUGGGAACAAUCGGCUCUAUGGGUCUAUUCCUGGGAAUCUGUUGGAUAGAAACUCAAGCGGAUUGGUUGAACUGGAUCUCAGCAACAACGGCCUCUCAGGUUCUCUCGGUGUUAUUACCUCCUCAACUAUGAAGAUUUUGAAUCUUUCUUCAAAUGGCAUUUCCGGAACAUUACCUUCUGACAUCGGGAGUUGCAAAACUGUUGAUUUAAGUAAAAAUAUGAUAUCAGGUGAUCUGUCUGCACUGCGAACCUGGAGCAAUACUAUAGAGGUUAUCGAUCUCAGUUCGAAUUCACUGACAGGCACGUUUCCAAACCAGACUUCCGAAUUUCCAAAUCUGACCACCAUCAAGCUGACAAAUAACUCUUUGGUGGGUAUUCUUCCUCAUUUACUAGGAAGAUACACAAAAUUAACUGUGAUGGACCUGAGCUUUAACAAACUUUCAGGACCCAUUUUGAGUGACUUCUUCAUGUCACUGUCCAUGAAAAUGUUGGAUCUGUCUAAUAACAGAUUCACAGGAACCAUUCCUCUUCAAAGCACAGAUAUGUCUUCAUCAGCAUCAUUGGCUCUGCCUUCUUAUUCACAACUGGAAUCCCUCGAUCUUUCUGAUAAUCUAUUGGAUGGUUCAUUAUCCCCUGAAAUUGGUAACAUGAGUGCCCUGAUAAUGCUGAAUCUUGGUAAUAAUAACUUCUCAGGACAAAUACCUAAUGAAAUAGGCAAGCUUGAGAGUUUGGAGUAUCUGGACCUUUCCCUCAAUAAGCUGAGUGGUAGCAUCCCUGAUGUGUUUCCACCAAGUUUAAAAAUGUUAAAUCUUUCAUACAAUAAUCUAUCUGGCACCCUUCCAGAAAGCCUAAGGAAGUUUCCCGAAUCUUUUUUCUAUCCCGGAAACAGCCUACUAAGUAUAUCAGGUUCAGCUACAAGGCCAGCUGGUCAGGGCACCGCUCAAGCAGAAGGAAAUGCUAGAAAUUCUGUCAGAACAGCUGGAAUUAUCAUUGGAUCUAUUGCAGGAGCAGCAGUGAUGGUUCUUUUACUUAUGGCAGUACUUUAUCGAGCUCAAGUGCUAGAGCUUGGUUCAAGGAACAGAUGCAGUUUGUGUAUCCUUAGUAGGAGUAUCAAGCAGGGAAGAUAUACACAUCCUAGUUCUUUCAGAUUUACGCAUAAUAUUGACCAAGUUGCAGCCCAGUCAAGCUACACGCCUCAUUUUCCACCACCAGAUUCUAUUCCAGAACACCAACAGAAACAGUUCACUUCUGAGAGUGUUCAAUGGAGCUCUAUGGAAACUAAAGAAGUGAUUCCUGAACCGGAAAAUAGGCCAGAUAGGUCUCCAAAUCAUGGAAGGUCAUCUCCAGGAGCACAUUUGUCUUCUCCAGCUUUAUAUAAUGAUUCUGUAACUUAUGAUCAACCAGUUAUGCUAUAUGCUUACUCACCUGAUAGAUUAUCUGGUGACUUGUUUUUCCUAGACAGUUCAUUAAUUUUUACUGUUGAUGAACUGUCGAGGGCUCCUGCGGAAGUUCUUGGCAGGAGCAGUCAUGGAACAUCAUAUAAAGCUACACUAGAUGGAGGUCAUGUGUUGACUGUGAAAUGGCUAAGAGAGGGGCUUGUGAAACGUAAGAAAGACUUUGCCAAGGAAGCAAAAAAGCUUGGAACUGUUCGACAUCCAAAUAUUGUCCCAAUCAGAGGCUACUAUUGGGGACCAAAGGAGCAUGAGAAGCUGAUUGUUUCUGACUACAUCAAUGCUGCGAGUUUGGCAGAACUUCUUUAUGGGACUUCCCCUAGAAGACAAUCACCAUUAUCAUUCAGCAAAAGACUCGACAUUGCAGUUGAUGUUGCACGAUGUCUAUGCUACCUCCACUAUGAGAAAGGGUUACCUCAUGGCAACCUAAAGCCAACAAAUAUUCUCUUGACAUAUCCUGAUCUUUCUGUGAGGCUUACAGAUUACAGCCUUCACCGUUUGAUGACAUCUUCAAGCACUGCAGACCAUAUUCUGAACCUGGGAGCACUUGGAUACCGAGCUCCUGAGCUGGCUACAGCCAGCAAGCCAUACCCUUCAUCAAGAGCCGACGUGUACUCCUUUGGGGUGAUCUUGAUGGAACUUCUAACAGGGAAAAGUGCUGGUGAUAUAAUCUCGGGGAAUUCUGGUGCAGUGGAUCUUACAGAUUGGGUCCAACUGUGCUCCAGCCAAGGGCGAAUUACGGAAUGCUACGACCGUGACAUUUUUCAUGGUGAAGAAUAUCCAAAGGAAGUUGACGAGGUGCUUACAAUUUCCCUGAGGUGUAUUCGUCCUGUAAAUGAGAGGCCUGAUAUCAGAACUAUCUUUGAACAGCUCAGCUCCAUUGUAGCCGUCUGAAAUUGGUGGGCAUGUCUAACUGAAGUAGAAAUUGUGUGUUGGGGCUUGGGGAGGUUGUUUUUUCUUCCAGCCUGCUAAUUAGAACUAAUUUUCCUGAUUUUUUUUUGCUGUAAAAAAAACUGAAGAUCAAUUGAUUGAUUGAUUGGUUGAUUGUGUCUA